AGAGCGACCACGAAAACCCUUUCUUUCUCCCUCAAAAAUGGCCUCCAUUCCUUUACUCCAUCUCUCUCAGUCCCUCACCAUCCCUAACCUCAGAACUCGCUUCCCUUCCUUACCUCACCCACUCACCAGACCCAACCUCCCCAACCUCAAAUCUCAACCCAAAUGGCCCAAAUCCAAAUCCACCGCCACCCGCAUGUCGUACAACAAAGGCUCCGUCACCCCAGCCACCGAUCGCCUAGUCUCGGCAGUGGCUUACACUCUCCCCUUCUUCAACUCCCUCCAGUACGGUCGCUACCUCUUCAUGCAGUACCCCAAAUUGGGAUACCUCUUCGACCCUCUCCUUCCCAUCAUCGGCGUCUACAGGUCCAUCCCCUACGCCAGCUUCGUCGCCUUCUUCGCUCUCUACCUCGGCGUCGUCAGAAACCCUAGCUUCAGCCACUACGUCAGGUUCAAUUCGAUGCAGGCCGUGACUCUUGACGUCCUCCUCGUGCUGCCCUUGUUGCUCCAGCGGAUUCUGAGCCCGGGUCGGAGCGGGUUAGGGUUUCGGGUUAUGGUUUGGGUGUACACUGCGUUGUUCGUGUUCAGUGUUCUGUGCUUCGUUUAUAGCUUGGCUUCUUGCGUUCUGGGUCGGACCCCUUACUUGCCUAUCGUCGCCGAUGCUGCUGGUAGGCAGAUAUAGCUGAAAAUGGCACUCUAAGUGUUUGAAAUUUCAACCCUUCGAGCUCUGCAAUUUUUUGUUUUUAAAAGAUUGUACCUUUUCUUUUAUUUAGCUAAGACAUCAAACUGUUCAAGUUCGGCUCUUUUGUUUUGAGGAUUUUUGCCUUGGGUGACACCAUUGAGUUGAAUAGUACAAUUGAUCCAAAAUGUAUGUAGUUUCUGGGAUAUUGGUAUUGACCAGUUUCAGAUUAUGCAAGUUUAUGAUGCUCAUGAUUGCUAA